UCAUGAAUUCCAAAACCUCCAUCUCAGAACAUCAAAACCAACAAAGACUAAAAUCCAGAGCACCAAGCAUACAGCCAUUUUUUAGUCAAAGAAAAAGGUUGAGACAGCAAGCUAACAGACCAAUGGCAGCUGACCAAUGCCCACUCGAUAGUACUGUUAACUGUGUUGCCAUCUCUUCAUCUACACAACCAAAUUGGUGGGAUAAUGAUCACCUCCAUGCAGCAGCUGCAGCUGCCGGUGCCGGCUCUCAUCUAUCGGCUUCUUCGUGGCCGUGGCAGCGCCAGCAGCAGCAGCAACAGCCAAACCCAAACUCCAACUCUUCUUGCGAUGAGGAUGUUUCAAUAUCCAGUACUUCAUUUACUAAUGCCUCCAACCAAUCAAGCCUCAGCGUUGAUUCCUCCCGCAGACUUGUUGAUCAGCGUUCUGCUUCGUCCAACGACGACUUGAAUAAUAUUGGAGAACAGGUUUCUGAUAAUCAGAUAUGGAGCCAAGUUCUCUUAGGAGUUGGAAACAAUGACAUGAACAGCAGUAUGGGUCAUGACGUUGGAGAGAACUUCCUUGACGCACUAUCAUCCAAGAACUUGUCAGAAUCUGCUAUGUACGAACCUGCUUGUGAUUACCUGAAGAAACUGGACAACGCUAGUAGCAAUUGGGAGUUCACAAACUCACCAUCAACUGCAGCUACUAUACAUGCAUCUAAUCUCACCAAUUUCGAGAGGCAAAUCAAUAUUAAUGGAUCAUUUAACAACGAGAACUUGUCUAAUCUGGUCGGCACCUGGUCUAUUGCGCCACCGGAACCGCAAGUAGUCAAUAGCCCUUUCUUCAACUUUCCUCAGGUGCCCUGUUAUGGAGCUCAGAAUAAUCUGAUGAAAGUUGAAAGUGCUGCACAGUUGGCUGGAUCAACCUUACUUGGAAGGCAAUUUAGUUCUGAUAACGAGAGCAGUAUUGACUAUCAGAUCGGACUCAACAGCGCAAUGACUGCUGAUAACAGCUACUAUGUAUCCGGAAAUGGUUUGGUGAUGCCUGAUUCCUACUCUUCAUCCAACAGUGCUAGAAGUUUCAAAGAUGUUAUAUCAUUUAAUAGUCGAUUAGGCAAGCCGUUGACGGAUCAUGUUCACCAUGCUCAAAAGCCGAGUAACUUCAAAUCUUUGAUAAGCUCAUCUGAUAGUAAUUCUAAGAAGCAAGGCCUCCAAAUUUCUUCACCGAUGAAAAUGAGUGGAAGAGGACAAGGAACUGCAAAUGAAUCUGCAGGGAAGAAGAAAAGAACGGAGGAGGGCAGUACAUCAUCAGAAACCGUUUUGAAAAAGCCUAAGCAAGAAACUUCAGUAGUUAAUUCAUCAUCAUCUGUAAAGAUGCAAGCACCAAAAGUCAAGCUUGCGGACAAGAUCACUGCCCUUCAACAAAUCGUGUCUCCAUUCGGAAAGACUGAUACAGCAUCAGUACUAUAUGAAGCGAUUCAGUACAUCAAGUUCCUCCAAGACCAAGUACAGCUAUCGAGUAGCCCUUAUUUGAAGACGAAUCCGCAUAAGCAGGAUCCGUGGGGGAAAUUUGAUCAAAUUAAGGGAGAUCAUCACGCAAAGCUGGAUCUGAAGAGCAGAGGCCUAUGCUUGGUGCCUACGUCAUGUACGCCUCAGGUCUAUCGUGAUAAUACUGGAUCAGACUACUGGACACCAACAUACAGAGGCUGUUUAUAUAGAUAAACAUUCAAGCUACCUAGGUAUAUCAUAGGAAAUAGUACUCACUUAGCCACUUAUAAUGAAAACUUUAGAUCGAAGAAGUGUAUGUUCUAUCGAUUAAUUUUUAUCGAUCUCGCUCUUCUCAAGAAAAAUGGGAAGCAACUAUGUAUGGAUCUUUGUAAUCCCGUUAAAGCUUUUGCUAUACUACGCCUUGAGCUCAUCUCUUAUCA